GUUUCGAGGCGUGUCAAGGCGAUCAAAGUACAGUACAUUUUUUCUCCCACUGUCUCGGAGCUACAGUGGACACGGUUGUCGGUAGGCUAAUAUUACAGCAACAAAGCCAACGGGAUGCAGGGUAGGCAAAUCGACUGACAAUCGCAGGAGUGAGGAUACCAGGGAGAGGGGGUUUUAACGGUAUUUCUCAGGUAUAGGCUGUAGAGCCUACAUGUUUUAGAACAGACAAAAAUAGAAGACAAAAGGACAAACGGGUCAUAUUUUGCUGGCUCGAAAAGUCGACUCGCUUUCAGUCUGCAACAAUGGAAUUAAGUUUUAUAUUGCCUGCUAUUCUUUUCACGCUGUUCGCUAUUAUUCUGGUGACAACAUUGUUCAGUACCAACGAUACUUCGACUGUCUCGUCCUCUGGCACUGCUGCAUCCAAAGCGUAUCACUCAGGGGAGGGAUCUUUGGCGCAGUCCGGGAGAGAGGUGGUGAAAACGGGAUUAGCUAAAUCAGGACCGUCGGUAAAUCUUACGGAGAAACAGGGGACAGCAGCAGGACUAACCUUAACGGACAAAUCGGAGGAGGACAGUGAAUGUCGAUCUGUCGGAAAAAUAAUGGAUCCGGUGGCAGCGGACAGAAGGACAGUUGAGGAGGAGGGGCUGCCCGCUGCAGAAGUUAGGACCCAUGCUGCUCACGAGAAAAAGGUGAAAUCUGGCAUUAUGUCUGGCCAACGGUACUCGACCUCAAACACUGCCUCAGCGCCAGUGGAUAUUCCAGGUAGAGACUUUGGUCACCUACAAUUCCCUGAGGGGGGGUCGUUACUGUGCCCUCUCUCCUACCGACAGACAGGGGGUGCCACAGAGAGCCCAGAGUACAGCAACGAUAUGGAGGAAGUGGAAGUGCCCCUGAAAUACGUCCCCGGCAUGCUGCGGACCAGCCAGAUGGAGAAGAUGAUGACCAAAGAGGAGCUGGAGGAGGAACAGAGGGUGCAACGGGAGCAGCUGGCAGCCAUCUUCCAGCUGCUGAAGGAGAACCAGGAGACGUUUGGGGAGGUGUCAGAGGGAGACGUGGAGGAGCAGCUCAGACUCUACUCCAUCUGAUCCCCUACUCACACCCUACUACAACUGACUACAACAUCUGAACCCCUACUCUACUACAACUGACUACAACAUCUGAACCCCUACUCUACUCACACCCUACUACAACUGACUACAACAUCUGAACCCCUACUCUACUCACACCCUACUACAACUGACUACAGCAUCUGAACCCCUACUCUACUCACACCCUACUACAACUGACUACAGCAUCUGAACCCCUACUCUACUCACACCCUACUACAACUGACUACAACAUCUGAACCCCUACUCUACUCACACCCUACUACAACUGACUACAGCAUCUGAACCCCUACUCUACUCACACCCUACUACAACUGACUACAACAUCUGAACCCCUACUCUACUCACACCCUACUACAACUGACUACAACAUCUGAACCCCUACUCUACUCACACCCUACUACAACUGACUACAGCAUCUGAACCCCUACUCUACUCACACCCUACUACAACUGACUACAACAUCUGAACCCCUACUCUACUCGCACCCUACUACAACUGACUACAACAUCUGAACCCCUACUCUACUCACACCCUACUACAACUGACUACAGCAUCUGAACCCCUACUCUACUCGCACCCUGCUACAACUGACUACAGCAUCUGAACCCCUACUCUACUCACACCCUACUACAACUGACUACAGCAUCUGAACCCCUACUCUACUCGCACCCUGCUACAACUGACUACAUCAUCUGAACCCCUACUCUACUCGCACCCUGCUACAACUGACUACAUCAUCUGAACCCCUACUCUACUCACACCCUACUAGUUUGCUGUACUACGUCUAACUCUACUUUCCCCAAACUCUACUCUGUUAAUCCCACAUGAAACUGACAAUGAAGAUUAAGGGGGCAUUGUUUCAAUGGUCCACUCUAUUUUGAACCACAUACCCUUCUCUGAAGACUCUGAGUCGUUGAAAUAACCAAUAAGGUUUUGGAUAGUUGGACCUGAGUCAUUUGAUUGGUCUGAUACAAUCUAAGACAGUGGUAUUCAAAGUCGGGGUCGCGACAAGGGAACUGCAGUGGGGUCGCCAACAUGUUUUAGUUUUUUUGUAUAGUUUUUCGUAACAAAAAAUCAAGAUUACACAUUAUUGUAUGGGCCAAUAUACAAUAUAAAGUUUUUGAGAAAGAUCAUUUGAAAAAUACAAUUUUAUUGAGUAAAUGUAUUUAUUGGUUUCUUCAUUUUGAUAAGAUAUGAAAAUGUAAUUAAUAUAAUUUUUUUUGUUGAUGUAAAAAUCUAAAUUUACAGAUUUUAAGGUGUUGUCAUUAGAUUUGGGGUGGAGUCGCGAGAUAUUAUUGGGAGAAAAAUAAGGUCCCGACUGAGAGUUUGAAUACCACUGAUCUAAGAGGUUCUUAUACCGUACACACCCAUGAAAGCCAUUAGUUUCGGCAAGCCUCAUGGUGAAACAACAUACACUUAUCUGAAUGCACCUUACUACUUUCACCUAUUCCCUACCUUUCCUCGCCCAUAUCCUUCUCUCACCCAUCGCUAUCGCUCCUCACCCUUUAGAUAUCUCAGAUAGGGGGGAGUGAGGCCUAAGGCCACUACACCUGUAAUAACAUCUGCUAAAUAUGUGUAUGCAACAUAUACCAUUUUAUCUUAUUUAUUUAUUAAAUUGGCUAUUUUUUUUAUGAUUUAUCUUUGAAUCAUGUAUAUUUUUUUGGGCCUUUUAAAGAUUUCUGUGGAGAGAAACAUUGAGUAUAAACAAACAUUUUCCUAUACUUGUGAAAAAUAAAAACGUAUCGUAAUUUCUUAAUAGA